AUGUCUCAACCAAAACAAUCUCAGCUCGGUGCAACUUUCGUGCCUGGCGGAUACGAUGACAUUUGUAUGCCAGAAUUCGUACCACCCUUGCCACAACGCACCACGUCCGAGAUGCCAUCCAACAUGCAGGGCGAACUUCAGCACUUCGAUCAUGAAGCAAACAAACCACGGAACAGAAGCAUAUCUUCCAAUAUACCAUUGAAAUCUCCAAUACUUGAUCAAGACGAAGGGAGGCUAAGUACUCUAGAGAGUAGGCAGGUCAUCAAGCCUGGCUAUGAGCACACUAAUGGAUCUGUCUAUCAAAAUAUUAGCAACGUUUACAGGCCCUUUCUACGCACCGAAUCUCUACAAACUAGUCCUUUCCCCAAAGUCCGAAAUUCUGGCCUCAAUGUGCCAUUAUCAAGCGAAGAUAAGGGGGAGGUAUUGGAACAAGCAAGACAUCAGAUUCUCAAGUCAACAAAUCCCGAGGUUCAACUAGCAUGGGCUCAAGACGCACUGUCCUGGGCAGAUAUUGAAAAUGACUAUGUUAUGCGUACAGAGUCCAAUGACCAUCCCACAAGACCCAUGACGCCUAAGUUAGAGCAUCAAUUGCGGGAAGAUGCGGUCAAUAUAGUUAGACAUUUAGGAGAACAAGGGCACCCAAAAGCAGAAUUUAUACAAGCAUACUGGCUCGAGUUCGGAAAGUUUGGUUACCGUAUGAAUAAGAAGGAGGCAUUUUUAGGCUACAUUCGAGCAGCAGAUAAUGGAUAUGCUCGAGCUCAAUAUAGAAUCGGUAUGCAAUACGAAAACUCAAACAAUAUUAUCAAGGCGGUGGAACAUUACUGUAAAGGUAUUGCAAUGAAAGAUUCGGCUUCACAUUACCGACUGGCUAUGAUGAAUUUGCUGGGUCAGCAUGGCACACCUCAAGAUUAUGGCCGCGGAAUUGAUUUAGUACGAUUUGCUGCCGAAACUGCAGAUGAAAAUGCACCACAGGGUGCUUAUGUUUAUGGAAUGCUUCUGGCACGAGAGCUACCCAACAUUGAUAUUCCUGAACAAUACCUUCCAUAUGAUGUGGUCGAAGCUAGACUCUAUAUUGAGAAGGCUGCUUACUUGGGAUUCGGCAAGGCCCUAUCCAAGAUGGGGCUCGCUUAUGAAUUAUGUCAACUCGGUUGUGAAUUUGAUCCUACCCUCUCUCUACACUACAAUGCCCUGGCUUCAAGACAGGGUGAAGCUGCCGCAGAUAUGGCCAUCAGUAAAUGGUUUUUGUGUGGAUUUGAUGGGAUAUUCGAGAAAAAUGAAGAACUAGCUUUCUCGUAUGCCAAGCGGGCGGCUGCAGCUAAGUUGCCUAUGGCAGAGUUUGCCAUGGGAUAUUUCUACGAGAUAGGCAUGUAUGUUUCGGCCGAUUUAGCAGAAUCAGAGAAAUGGUAUCAAAGGGCGGUAGAUCAUGGGAAUACUGAUGCCCUUGUUAGAAUCAAUAGCAUUAAGGCAAAUAACACAUUUUCCAAAAAAGAUCACGAACAAAUUGCUAUCAAGAAAAUAAAGUCGCAAUACGGCUCACAGAUCGGGACAAGGCCAGAUCGAUUCAAAAAGCUGUCACCAUCUAUCGCAACAACUUCGGCAUCAGUAAUAGAUAUAGAUCGAACAGACAUGCCUGACGUUAGACACACAUAUAGUAACCCGCCUCUUCCAAGAAAAAAUCCAAAUGAAUCGCGCAACUCAUAUAGUUCCCAGAUGAGGGCUGAUGCAAGCGAGACUCGAAACUCUCACCUAGGCUCAUCUAGGGCGGAAGUACAUGAUUCGAACAAAACUUACAGUAUGUCACCAGUACCACCUCGUCGGUCAUCAAAUAUGCCUCCCAAUCAUCGUCCUGUUUCACUUGCGCCUUACCCUGAAGAUGACGAAAAAAUACCCGGAUAUGGCCUCAAUAUUCGUAUUGGAUCUAGUGCUGGUCCUCAAUCCGAUAGACCAGUGUCAGCUUUUGGAAUAAAACCUAUCGUCACACAUCAAAAUCUAGAGCCAUCUGAGAAAGCGCUUAGCCCCAGGACUCACAGUCAGAUUCGCCCAUCAACAAGUAUGGGUGCUAUGCCGUCUAUCCAUAGCAGAGAUAGCUGUGUAGGUGAUCAGGUCAGUUCACCUGGCCGAGAUGUUCAGCAGUCUAGCUACAGCCCAGAUGGAUCAGGUCGUGGUAGAUUCUCCUCCUCAAGUAUCAACAAGCCUCGUCACCCUCCCUUCUCGGAAGAAUAUCAUAGAAGGCAAUCAGCAUCAAGCCAUGAAGGUUCUUUAUCAAAAAGGGACUCCUCUGGGAAACAAUUCAUGAGGCCGGAACGAGUAAGCUCCGCUAAUAUGCCACAGCUACAGCAAAAUUCCAGUCGUUUGUCACACCGCCAAUCACAACAGGCUGCAUUCUCUCAACAGCCAGGACUAUCUCCAAAAGACUCCAGGUCUGAUUCAAGGCCACUUCCAUCACCACCUGUAGUUUCUCCAACUACCCCAGGGCCCAAAAAGACAGGUCCCGCCACCUUUGAGGAGAUGGGAAUCCCCGCUGCCAACAAAGAAGGAGACUGUUGUGUGAUGUAA